UUCCAGAGAGAUGUGGGUGCGAUUAGAACAAGUGCACGACGAUGCGAGCGCGUGAGUGCACGUCCUUAACUGCAUUCCUUUCUCUCACAGUCCUGCAGUGGCGGCUGCGCUCGGUGCUCCCGCCGAGAGGAGCGCAGACAUCCGAGGAGCCCGUUUGACCAGGAAAAAAGCUGGCAGAAACCCAGAGAGAUCGUCCAGCAACCAGUCUCUCUGUAGCUUUAAACAGCAGGCGGUUUUAAGCGAAGCAGGACCAACUUUGCCACUGUUGCUUUUCUUUUUUCUUUUUCUUUUUUCCCCCCCUUUUCUUUCUUGGUGCAGAUCCUCAGCAUCACACAGCGUCCAAACAUCUUGAAGCUUUCGGCAUCAGAGGAUCCGAACAUGCACGAUCUGUUCUCAUCUGUGUGAUGGAUUAAAGGUGUGAAGAGGAAAAGUGGGUGAGGAGGUGGGAAGUAUGCAUAAGGUUUACCCUCCUUGAAGGUGAGAAAGUCUAUUAAUGUGUUGUGUGGGAUUAUCGGGUUCAAACAGCCACUCCCUCGAGGAAUGAUAAUACAUAUGUUACAUAAGAAGUGCACUGGGACCAGAGCCGAACACCAUAAUGACUCCAGCUGAGUCGCAGGAUGUGGCAUAAGAUGGGGGACUACGAUUUUAAUUUUUCUUCAGAGACUUUUACCCACAUGCAACAGAAGGACCUGCGACCCACUAGACUAAAAUGGAAAACCUGACGUGCCAUGUUUGGUGAGGAUUUCAUGCAAUUUUUGCUCAUGAUUUUGAAUGUUUGACUUUUUCCUAGUUUUAUGCUGGAUUUAAUGAGGAACAAAGGGAAACCCAUAAAGUGAGAUAUCUGUUUUUUUUAUUUACUUCUCUUGGGGUUUUUUCCCUCUUUCUUUUUCCUGCUGGGAAGCAGCAUGGAUCAGACCCAAGACCAACCAAUGGGUAUGAGCACAGCUCAGCCCAGCUUCUCCCCACUGCUGCAGGAAAAACUCAAUCACACCUACAGCUUCCACAGAAUUCUAAUGUUGACGUCGACUUUCAGCUCCCCUACGGUUCCAAUCUAUCAGCCUCUGCCCUCACCACUGCCCUCAUCCCUUAUUCCAUACUCCUCACUUAUCUCUUUCCCUGUAUUUUCUACGACCUCUUCCUCAGCCUUGAGGGCAACAUCCACCUCUUCAUUUCCCUUUUCUCUCUCCAACAUCUCAGCUAAUGAUAUGACAGACCUGGAGAGUAUGCUGCUCUGGACCCUCCAUGAACCCAGUACCAUUGCUUUAACAAUCAUGUACUGUUUGUCUUUCAUUUUGGGAUUUAUUGGGAAUUUGAUGUCCCUGCGGGUGCUUACCAGCAGGCGCAGUCGGCGGCUAGCAGGUGUCAGUGCUACACGCAGUCUCCUGGUGAACUUGGCUGUGUGUGACCUGGCUGUGGUGUGUGUUUGCAUGCCCAUCACUCUUGGAAACCAGAUCUACACUGCUUGGGUCUACGGUGACCUCUUGUGUCGAGCCGUUCCCUUCACGCAGGCUGUCUCUGUCUCAGCCAGUGUGUUGACGCUGACUGUGAUCAGCGUGAAUCGUUACUACAGUGUUCGAUCACCUCUCAGAGCUCGCUCCAUGUUUACUCGCCGGCGGAUCUUGGCAACCGUUGCUGUAGUGUGGACAGUGUCCUCUCUGAUGUGUGCUCCAAUUGCAGUGAUGAAUCGGCGGCGAGAGAUCACCUUUGAGACUUUUACCAUCUUGGUCUGUCAGGAAGAGUGGCCUCAACAUCGCCUUAAACAGGGGUACAAUGUGCUGCUGUUCGUGAUGCUCUACUGUUUGCCAGUGACAUUUAACCUCACCAUCAGCUUCCUGACUGGAAGACAGCUUUGGGGAGAAAAGAAAUCUAGUUUUGCGGAUCUCGAUCCUCGCAGCCAAGCUCUUCACACCUCACGCCUAAAGACAAGACAGAAAAUUGCUAAGAUGGUGGUGUGUCUGGUGCUUCUGUUCGCAGUGUCCUGGCUGCCGCUCUACUUAGCUGACCUUUGGAUUGACUGUGAACAAAAGCCAACAUCUUGGCUCCUGCAGACGCGGCCAUUUGCUCAGUGGUUGGGCCUGACAAACUCCAGCCUUAAUCCCAUCUGUUAUUGUUUUAUUGGAGAUCUAUAUCGCUCAGCAAAGGUCAUACGGACGCGAUACUAUCAGAAAGUAGCUGCUCUCUUCAGCACUUCCUCAUUUUCUGGCACAACUGCAGUGGUGUCUCCUGCUACAGUGAUUACAGACACCAAAGUAACUUCAGUGGAACGCCACCAUAUAGCAGCUGCUGUGGCAGCAUCUGCAUCUAUGGCUACUAUCCCUAGACUAUUGAACUUAGCCAGAGUUCAGGGCCUGGGGCAAAAGGUCAGAGACAAUCCAGACAGUCGAGUGGGAUCAGACCACAGUAUUUCAGACUGGUGUCGGUCCAGUCCCAAUGUGUGUGACAGUUACUUGUUCACUUGCCAGCUCCCCACUCUCCAACACUCGCUACAAAAGGCAGAGUUCCUGCCAGCAAGAAGACACUCUGUGAAUGAGAUUGCAUUACCAUUACCUUUACCAACUGAACCUGUGGAAAUAGACCUGCUACCUCUGAGGAGGCAUUCAGGGGACAGAAUAUAUGGUCUGCUAGCUGAUAAGAGAAAUUCCAUUACCAUGGACAAAGAUACAUUCUGUUACACUGAGCAAUAUCUAAGCAAAUCUUCACAAAACUACUCUCAUGAUGGAGACAUAACGGAUGAAGCAACAAAUAUGACCAGUGUAUAAAUGCUUCAAAUUAUUGGACAUAUCAGCAGGGAGGAAUUUUGUCUCUUUGCCUUGCAGGGAGUAAAAACACACAGCUCAUGAUUUAAGGUUUGUAGUUGAGAGGGUAGAUUAAUCCUUUGCAGAAACAACUGUUUGUCUUGUGGAUAAACUGACCUAGUCUGCACUUUUCCUCUUUCUGAAUGUAGGAGUUGCUCAGUAUUUUAGGUUUUAAAUACCAAAUGGAGGAAGCAGUGAUUGAGGGAACCCUGCAGGUAAACAGCUGGGAUGUUGUUUUAGCUAGUUAUCAGGAAGAAAGACAGAUUACAAAAGCUGGCUAAAACUUGGAAGUUCAUAUCAUACUCGCAGCAGUCCCUAUCAUCUGCUUAAAACGAUAACAGCAGGAUAUAAAAUUUAAUGAUCUUUCAGUGUAGAUUCUCAUUUUCAUCACUCAUUGAUUUGCUAAUGGUUCUUAUUGUGUUUGCUGCUCACAGAAAAUGUCAAACCUUUUGUUACAGUGCAAAAUGAGAACUACUACUGUGAAUCUGACAGGUUUAACUGUCACCGUCAAUGUCUGCUUUGCAAUGAAGUACAAAUGAAAAAAAAAAAGUCACAGGAAUAAAUGGCCACACAUGAGGGCUCUUGUACAUGACUCAGUCUAAUUUAAAGAGAUGACUCAGAUGACCAAGAUCAAUGAUACUAUAUGUACCUUGUAGUGAAUCUCAGAACACUAUCAUAUUCAGCAUUCAACAAAUGUAGGCCUUGAAAAGGAUCAUGCAUAUGCAGUAUAUCCUCACACUAAAGUAAAAAGAAGGAAAAUAGCUGACACAAGCCUCUUUUAUAUGUUAAUUUUAUUUAGUUUUCUCAUGAGUUGCUGAAUAUGGAGUUUAAAAGAUAAAGAUCUUAAAGGAAUAAAUGUGUUUUAGGAAGAAAGAUGCUCAAUAGGUUUUCUGUGAUUUGUAAAGGAAAAUUAAAGCUAAAUGAUAUAUGUUCUUUUUAAUUUGUAAAUAGAUUAAUUUUGGAUUCAUCAAUGCUCAAGACCAUUUUUUUUCAUGUAGCUUAAGCUUUUGAAUUUUGUCUUAGAGACGCUGCAAGAUAGACUGCUUCUGUGUGUGUGCACUACAAUAAAUGGCAUCUUUUGAACAUUAA